AUAUAAGGCAUCAGCCCUGAAGGGCGGGCCCCGAGUUGUCCAACAUGCCGCGCGCGCUACUGUGGUCGAUGCUGGUGGGCGUCGCCCUGGGCGCGGAGACCUUCACGUGUCCGCCCGAUGAGACGACCGGCAAGUUCGCCGACCCGGACGAGUGCGACAAGUACUGGGACUGUUUCCGCGGCACGCCCGAGCCCGUGUAUUGUCCGGACGGGCAUGCUUUCGACCCCGCUCUCAUUCACCUGAGGGAGCCGUGCGACUACAUCUUCUCCGUCGACUGCACCGGUCGUGAGCUCCUGGGCGACCCGCUGGGCACGGGCGUCUGUGUGCGAGAGAACGGCCUCUACGCGCACGAGGACCCCAACAUUUGCGACAGGUACUACACGUGCAAGAAGAAUGUGCCUACGCUUCGACUCUGUCCGCCGGGCCUGCACUUCAACCUUGACCUGAGGUCGUGCGACUGGCCGGAAGGCGCCCAGCGCGGCGCGUGCGGCGCCCUGCAAACCCUGGACAACAUCACCUGCGACCCGUCGCAGGAGUUCUUCACCAGCGCCAACCAGAAGAUCGUGCACCCCACCUUCCCGCACCCGACCGACUGCCAGCGUUUCUACGUGUGCAAGAACGGGAUCGCACCGUCCAUCGGCCGCUGCGACGAGGGGCUGGUGUACAGCACCGCCACCUUCGCCUGCGAGAAGCCCGCCGACGUGCCGGACUGCGCCGACUACUAUAACUCUCCUGACGCGGACCUGUCCGUGCGCUCGUGAUCGGCCCUGGCCGGCCGGCCUGGCAGCUGCCAGCCGGAGCACGUCGCCGCCCGGGCACUAGUCAAGACAUCCGGACCGCGCCGCCCGACUCCCCGCCCAGUCACCCGUCAGUGGGUCACACGGGGUCACAGCCGGCGACGUCGACGGAGCCGCGGCGACGCCGAACAUGUUCCACGGCACGAGACAUCAAGCAUAAUGCCCUCUAUCGAUCUGGGUGGACGCGUUGCUUGAUGCUUGUCCGUGGGCAGACCAGCGACCUUCCCCAGUGGUCUGACAUGAUCUGGCAUCUGCGACCACUGUUGGCGCUGGUCAACAACCCUUUUGAAUGGCCUGGGCUGCCCAGUGAUCUGAUCUGGUGAUCUGGGUUCUGCCAGCUCCAGGGGGCCGCUUGGCCCACCCCUACGUGACGCACACAUUUGUUGUUACCAAUCGCUGAGACAAGUACAACUGUUUGUGUGUGUGUACGUGCAACCUCCAUGCUGCAGCUGUAGAAUGGAAUGUGAUAAAAAGACCGUGCUGAAUACAACACAUUACUUUAUCAA